UAAAGAAAGUUGUAUAUCACUUGUACGAACAAACUGUAUCAUCAUAAGAAAAUUAAAAUAACUUUCGCUUUCUACGCCCUUCUUUUAUCUUAAGUAUUACUGUCAAUGUGUGUGACGAGCAUAUGUGUACAUGUAUAUUUAUGUACUACUACAGGUUCAAAAAUUUUAUUUGUUUGCAUCGCAGUAUGCAUUCAUUUGUCUAUGAAUUAAUUUGACAUUUUACGUAUGCGUAUAAUGUUUCUGUAUCAAUGUCCUAAGAGUUUGCAUUUAAAUAAAAUUAAGAAGCAACCAACUUUUUUGUAGGUAUAAAUCUGUACAUACGCAAUUUUUUUUUUUUUUUUUUUGGAAUGUAUUUUUGUGUAUAGAAAAAGAUGAAGUUUGAUAAACAGAUGCAUUUAUUUGGUAUUUAAAUUGUAAUAUACAUGUAAUUAUCAAUUGAAAUAUUCAUUAGUACAUCGUCGCUGCAAUUGUCUAAUGGAAGAAAAUCAAGAGACUCAGAAAUUUAUACCAGGUCCUCCGCAACUUCCUCCUUUGUAUAAAGGACAGAAGAUAAAAACAGGACCAUAUACUACUACGGUUACGGAUGAAAUGGUAGCACAGAGAGAAAGGGAGAACGAAGAAUUGUACAGAGCUUGGCGCGAGCAACAACGAAGAAGAGAAAUGGGGCCAAAUGACGAUGAGUCAGAAUACAUGGGUGACUUUAAAGAUGAUACAGUGAGAAGAAAUUUCAUUAGAAAAGUUUUCUGUAUAUUAACAGUUCAAUUACUAUUUACCUCUGGCAUUAUAGCGCUUUUUCUGUUUGUGGAUGACGCGAGAAAAUUUAUGAUACUUCAUUGGUAUUUGUGGAUUGUAGCCAUGUUGUGCUUCAUGAUCUCCUUUUGCGCCAUAUCUUUGUCUGAGAGAGCUAGACGCAAAUCACCUUGCAAUUAUAUAUGGCUAACUAAAUUGACACUUUCUAUGUCAUACUUGGCUGCCUUUGUAUCAGUCUCUUUCGAGAUUGAAAUAAUAUUAAUGGCACUGAUUAUGACAACAUUAGUUACAUUUGGAAUAGGUUUUAUUGCAACGUUUUCCAAGUUUGAUUUAACAAUGAGAACAGGAUUGCUGAUGAUUGUCGGACUGGCUUCUAUUGUUUCAAUUGUUGCGAUAAUGAUAGUCUUGCUAUUUACAUACAUAAAAGUACUACAUAUGAUAAUUUCAAUUAUAGGGAUGGUUUUAUUAUCAAUGUAUUUGUACUUUGACGUGCAAACGAUCAUGGGUGGAAGAAGAAUAGAAUUAAAUCCUGAUGAAGUUGUAUUUGCAACAGCUCAAAUUUAUGUUGACAUAGUACUGUUGUAUCAGUAUAUAUUAAUGUUUAUAGCAAGAGCAGUGUUGCAGUACAAAGCACAAGGAAAGGUCUUGGAUAUGCAAGUGAUUAACGUUCCACACAGAUAUAGGGGAAGAGGUAUAGCUCGAUUGCUCACAGAGACAGCAUUCACAUAUGUCAUUUUGAAUUAUUUGUACAUGUACUUGACAUGCGAAUACAUGCAGAAGUAUUAUCUUGCAACUAAGAAUCCAGAUCUUGAAGAAUAUAUCGUUGGACCGCCGCAUAUUUUAGAGGGACCUGAUUCAGAACCUUUGGAUCCUGACAUUAUAUACGAAUUACCUGAUCCGGAAGAUUUUUUGAUAUAUUCUUAAUUAAUAAAUAAUAAUGUGUUACGAUAAUAAUCACUGCAAUUUUGUAUAAUUAUCAAAUUAAGUUACCGACCGAUGAUU